AAACCUAGCUCAACCCGAACGAUUGCUUAACAAAUUGGUAUGUUCCCAAACAAAUUAUUAAUUUUUUUUUAUCAAAUCUUUCGUAUAAUUGUAGGAUUUACACCAAUUACAUAUGUAAAAUCUCGCACAAUAGUAUAAAAUUUGAUAAUUUAUUUAAAAUUUCUAGCAGACAAAUUCAUUUUUUGGCCAAGUAAAUUCGCUUUUUCCCUUUGCCACUUUCAAACAUAUUUUCUGCUGCCUUUCUGUCUGUAUUCUUACAUCUGAGAGAGAAAGAGAGAGAGAGAGAGAGAGAGAGGGAAGGAAGGUUGAGUUGUGGUUUGGACAAAGGGCAGAUGGAAGAAAAAGAGUUGGACUAUGUACUGGUACCAUUGGGUUUGGCCGUGUUUGGCUCAUACCAUAUUUGGCUUCUCUUCUCCAUAAUUCGUUAUCCCAGACGCACUGUCGUUGGCCUCAACGCUGAGAGCCGCCACCAAUGGGUCUUCUCCAUGAUGACUGAUCCACUGAAGAAUGGGGUUUUGAUUGUCCAAACAAUACGCAACAACAUAAUGGCGUCUACGCUUUUGGCAACAACGGCCAUUACUCUUAGUUCACUGAUCAGUGUUUUUGUGAGCAACGCAUCAAGCUCUUCCACUGCAUCAUCGGAAAUAGUUUAUGGAAACAAAACUCCCAUAGUGUCUUCAAUCAAGUACUUUGCUAUCUUGUUAUGCUUCCUUGUUGCCUUUCUUUGCAAUGUGCAAUCUAUUAGGUACUAUGCUCAUGUUAGCUUCUUGGCUACCUUGCCUACGUCGAUAGACAAAAGGGAAUCUAUUGAGUAUGUCGCUAGAAGCUUGAAUCGAGGAAGCUUGUUUUGGUCGCUUGGGUUACGAGCAUUUUAUCUGUCGUUCCCUCUCUUCCUUUGGAUCUUUGGUCCCAUACCCAUGUUGGUGUGUUGCUGCAUAAUGUCAUUUGUGCUAUAUUUCUUGGACACCACUACCACUUUUACACGGCGUCUUCACAUCAGCUCCAUGAAAGAGGGAUCAAGAACUGAUGACAUUGGGUCUGUAUGUUGAUCAUUGUAGGCGUUGGCUUUAUAAAAUGUUAUUCUUGAAAUUAGAGUAGUAAUGAAAGAACUCUGUCAUUAGUUUUCUUUCUGAAGUUUAUUCUUGAGUUGGAAGGUGCCUCUAGUAAGCAGUUACCUAUAUAUCAGCAUGUCCUGUGUUAGGGCAUGCAUUUGUAUCUUUUUGAGGUGAGAAAGUAGUUUAGGUAUGUACCAACUUCACAGUGAAGAAUAUAAAAAAUUACAUGAUUAUUGCCAAUGUUUC